CUGAGCUCGCCUCGCCUCGCCUCGCGGCGGGCGCCCUCGUCGCCAGCGGCGCACCAUGGACGGGCUGCCCGGUCGGGCGUUGGGGGCCGCCUGCCUUCUGCUCCUGGCGGCCGGCUGGCUGGGGCCCGAAGCCUGGGGCUCCCCCACGCCCCCGCCGUCGCCCGCUGCGCCGCCGCCACCCCCGCCGCCCGGAGCCCCGGGCGGCUCUCAGGACACCUGUACGUCGUGCGGCGGCUUCCGGCGGCCGGAGGAGCUGGGUCGGGUGGACGGAGACUUCCUGGAGGCUGUGAAGCGGCACAUCUUGAACCGGCUGCAGUUGCGGGGCCGGCCCAACAUCACGCACGCAGUGCCCAAGGCCGCCAUGGUCACGGCCCUGCGCAAGCUGCACGCGGGUAAGGUGCGCGAGGACGGUCGCGUGGAGAUCCCGCACCUCGACGGCCAUGCUAGCCCGGGCGCCGACGGCCAGGAGCGCGUUUCCGAAAUCAUCAGCUUUGCGGAGACAGAUGGCCUCGCCUCCUCCCGGGUCCGCCUGUACUUCUUCGUCUCCAAUGAAGGCAACCAGAACCUGUUUGUGGUGCAGGCCAGCCUAUGGCUAUACCUGAAGCUCCUGCCUUACGUCCUGGACAAGGGCAGCCGGCGGAAGGUGCGGGUUAAGGUGUACUUCCAAGAGCAGGGCCAUGGUGACAGGUGGAACAUGGUGGAGAAGAAGGUGGACCUGAAGCGCAGUGGCUGGCACACCUUCCCACUCACUGAGGCCAUCCAGGCCCUGUUUGAGCGCGGUGAGCGGCGCCUCAACCUGGACGUGCAGUGCGACAGCUGCCAGGAGCUGGCCGUGGUGCCAGUGUUCGUGGACCCGGGUGAGGAGUCCCACCGCUUCGUGGUGGUGCAGGCCCGCCUUGGUGACAGCAGGCAUCGCAUCCGCAAGAGGGGUCUGGAGUGCGAUGGUAGGACCAGCCUCUGCUGCAGGCAACAGUUCUUCAUCGACUUCCGGCUCAUCGGCUGGAACGACUGGAUCAUUGCACCCACCGGCUACUAUGGGAACUACUGCGAGGGCAGCUGCCCGGCCUACCUGGCGGGGGUCCCUGGCUCAGCCUCUUCCUUCCACACGGCUGUGGUGAACCAGUACCGCAUGCGUGGCCUCAACCCCGGGCCCGUGAACUCGUGCUGCAUCCCCACCAAGCUGAGCUCCAUGUCCAUGCUCUACUUCGACGACGAGUACAACAUCGUCAAGCGGGAUGUGCCCAACAUGAUCGUGGAGGAGUGCGGCUGCGCCUGACAGUGGCCGGCGGGGCGUGGCAGCAGUGGCGGAGGUCAGGCCCGGUGGGCUUCUUCCUGCCCCUGCAGGAAGAGGAGGUGAAGGUGGGCUGAGUGUCGUCCUCCCAUGGGGCUGCAGAGUGCCAGGGUGAGGCUUGAAAAAAUUUUCUACUCCUUCCUAGAGCAACCAGUCAAAACCAGAGGGAGAACCCUCAAGUGACAUGAGAGACUCAAAUGCACACGUAGACACGCACAGCCAGACGCAUCCUGCCACCCACACAGAAGCCUCUGGGACACCAGCAAAUA